UCAAAAACAUGUGGGAAGAAAACCUGCAGCUGAUCUGAGACAUUUUGGGUUUGGUGCUGACAAACCAAGAAACAAACUCAGGACAAAAUCAGGACAAACCCAAGAUAUCAAGUUUCAGACUUGCAUGGAAAAUCCUCUGAAAGUUGCCACGGCAAUACCUUUAAAUCAUCAGACAUGUAGACAAAAGACCAGUGCAGGCCUGGCUUCAGCACAUACAGCUGAUGGGCUUCUGCCUGCAAGUUUAGAUCUGAUUUCAGGUCAGAUCCAUGACGUGAGACGGAUGCCGUUGUCGACACAUCCUUUACCUGCCAUGGAAACUCCUGUUAUAUUUCCUGGCAUGUCUGCUGGUGAUGGGAAUGACACCUGUGGCCAUGGGUGCUCCAACAGAAACUAUACAAUAUAACCAACAUGGCCCGGGUCACCACCUGCUUCAUUGCCACUUGUCGUAAAGGCUAUGAGACAGUGGCCUGUACGACUGACGGCUCCCUGGACACCUGUCGUCUGUGUCCCCCAGAUAAGUACCAGCCGGUGGACAACAUAACAUCGGACCAGCGCCUGUCAUGUUUUCCAGUCCAUUGUGCUCCAGACAAUCAGAGGCAGGUGCAUCGAGGGGAGCCUGGUCCAGGAAACCCACCGGUCUGCGAGUGUGACACCUCAAAGAAUUACUACCAGCGCAGCAGCUUAAGAGAAGACUGCGGAUUCAGGAUGUGUGAUAGAUUGGGAGGAUCUUAUGCUGAAUGGAAGCUGUGUUUGUAAAAAGGGUCGAGUGAGAAAUGAGAAUGGACGCUGUGUUUGGCCGGGGUCAGACACGAUGUCGCAUGCUGCAGCGCCGACAACCAGUGCUCAUCUUCGUCAGGAUACUCAAUCUCAGGUAACACAGUCACCGAUUCAGACAUCAAACAGAUCCACUGGAGCAAACGAAGCCAGUUCAACUCCACCAACUACUGCACCAACGACUGGAACUUCCAAUCUCGCCGAAUACGUAUGGGUGAUCAUUGUGGUGGUGGUGCUGGUGGUGGUGGCGCUGAUCAUUGCUGUCUUGUAUAAAGUUGUCAAAUGGAGAAGGAGGCGUCAUGUACGAGAAAUCCCAGUUCAUGGAGAGAGUCAUCGGUUGACUUCAGAAGAGGACAGCACAGGUACAUCCUCAACAGAGACAUCAGAGAAAGAGGAGAAACCUCCCUCCCAAGUAAUCAUCAACAACUACAACUUCCACAACUUUGUUGGUAACAAGAGUGUACAAUAUGGAGACCGCAACCAGAUGGCGCCACAAGGUGCUGCUGAAGACGAGGAAGUACAGUAGUAAUUACACAUAUGGAAGUUGUUGUCAAUACACGUCGGUGAAAGAGAAUACAAGUUUUGCAAGUAAUAUGCAAGUAAUUUUUUGUGUGUUUGAGAUAGGCAGAAGUCCUCUAGAAUUAAACGUAAAUAUUAAAGUGCAUAAAAAUGCAAUUUGGAACUACAAUU